AUGCAGGAGGAUAUUUCGAAUAAUGUAGAGAAUAACAUAUUCUCCUUGAUUUCCAAAUUAAUCUCGGAAGAAGAAAAUGCUAUGUUUGUUGAGGUUCCCACGACGAACGAGAUUAAGGAGGUGGUAUUUUUGUUGGAUGGGGAAUGGGUGCCCGGUCCGAAUGGAUUUACUGGUGCUUUCUUCAAGGCUGCUGGGGACAUAAUUAGUGCAGAUGUCAUCUUAGCGGUGCAAGAUUUCUUUGCUAGUGCUGUUUUGCUGACGGGUAUUUCUGCUACUAACAUUGCACUAAUUCCUAAGGUGGUUAAUCCAUCCUCCUUCUCUGAGUUUAGGCCAAUUAGUUUGUGCAACUUCGUUAAUAAAAUUUUUUCUAAAUUACUGGCUUCUCAGUUAUUCCCAUGUUUGUGUAAAAUCAUCUCCCUGCAACAAAGUGCCUUUGUUAAGGGUCGUAUAAUCUUGGAUAAUGUAUUGUUAGCUCAAGAGUUGAUUUCGUCAAUUUCAAAACGGGUUCGAGGGGGUAAUGUUGCCCUUAAGCUCGACAUGGCAAAGGCUAAUGAUAGGGUGUCCUGGUUGUUUCUGUUAUGCGUCUUGCGGGCUUUUGGUUUUUUUGAAACGUGGAUUGAUUUGAUCUAG